UUUGCUUAAAGUUCGCUGUGUUUUUAUCCAAAGUCUUGCAUGUGCAUGUGUCAUGGAAGAAUCGCGAGCGAAAGGCUGUCUGAGGUCCAACUAUGGACUGAAAACUUACACUCCUGAGCAAACCAAGGAACAGUGGCGAGAGAGUAUGAGGAGAGAAAAACGUGUUUCAGACUCUCAUUUAAUAACGUCUAAGUGCAGUGAAGCGCUUUCCAAGGCCUGGAAAACAAAUUUUUCAAGACAUAUGCAUUCAGAUAUUCCAUUUAACUACUUCAACACAAACAAAAAGCACGACAGGAUAGCAGCUUACGACAGAACGUUUCUUGUAAAAACUGGAUAUUGCAGUAAGCUUCACCGGGACGACAGAGAACAUACUCGAGGACUAAAUGUUAAUUCUGAGGAACAAAUAAAGUCAGUUCCAGUCCUCAGCUCCUCUCUGUAUGGACACCGCCCUCCUCUCGAAAUUCCGUCUCGAAGGCACGUCCGAGUGGCAACUGUUCAACGCGAUUUCUAUCGUCAUAGUGGUACAAACAUUCCUCUCUUUUAACCAGUCGAUCCCCGGCUAUCGACGUCCUAACAUGACUACUCUGGUUUUGCAUGGUUUAAAGAUGCAGAGUGGAAAAGCACGCUUUAUCACUGAUUCCCUUUUGAAGAGCCUAUCUCCUUUUCAUGUCGUUCGGGUGAACUCUCAAGCAGGAAUAAAUGAACUAACGGAAAUCACAAACGUACAACAUCAGCUCAGUACUACUGAAGACGUUUAAACUGGGCAGUGUACAAUAUGCUCUAGUAUCUUUGAUCAAAACACUCUUUGUUUCCUUAGCAACACGUAUGUCCUAUUGUAUGCAAUAUUCGAUACAGUUUCACACAAAAUUACAAGAUUUGAGUUCCUGGCGUUAAAGGGAAGGUAUUUGGUAGCGUUUGUACUUUUCUGUGCGUUGAGGUUAAUGUCAGUGCGUUU